CCCUGAUUGGCCAAAUCAGAAUUCUGGCCGUGAGCAGCCUGAUCUUUCAGGUUCACAUUCAGGCCACUUGCAAUCGGUGGCACUUAUCGGCCACCGUACUCCGUGGCUCCACUGGCCUGAGCUCCCAUUCUAGUGGUGCCUUCAUGCUCUGCGAAGCACACAUAUCAGGCGGCAGAGUCUGAUCAGACUCUCAGCUCCAAACUUGAGCCAUCUCUCUCCUUCGACUCCAGUCUGCCACCUCCUACUCGAGCUCAGAUCGCGCGCUCCUUCCGCGCACACCCCCACCAUGAAUACGCUUAUGCAGUCCUCUCUGACUGACGUCGAGUCAAAACUUAACACUCUGCUGAAACACCUCACGACGUCCCCUGGUGCAGCUGGAGCGCCGGCUGCUGCAGUUACUCUACUCGAAGCUGACGACACUCUAUCCUCCUCCAUCAACACCCUUCGACUCCACCAAGAAAACUACGCCAAAAUUCUAAAAGUGCGAUCCGAGGCAGAACGGCUGGAAGAGCGCGUCAAAGACAUUGUGAGGGAUCUCGAAGGAUUCGACAAGGAGAUCAGAAUCGCUUGCGGUGACGAAGAAGAGAUCGACAGCGACCUCGACUCGGACGAUGAAAGUGAGGUGGCCAAGAGCAGGAUUGCCGCCCGCAAAGAGAUCGACUAUCGAUUGCUUCUGGACUUUGCGCGUCGCAUUAGCAAAUACAACCAGGAAGCUGCGGCUGAUGUUGCCAAAGGUGCCGGGUUAGGCCCCCGCCAGGACACGCAACCGCAGAUUGCGGACAAAGAUGUGCCGAUGACGGGGAUGAACGGCGAAACCGCGGCAGAGGAAGACGGCGCCGAACCUGUAUCCUCUAUUACGAAGAGUGCGACCCAGUGGCUGGAUGAUUCGGCGAAUGUCACCCGCGAAGUGAAUCUACUGCCAUACCCAACGGAGGAUAGGAUACGCAUGGGUCUGAUGGGCAAGAUACCCGCGGAGGGUACUGACCGAGAAAAGGAGGUUGAGCGAUUGAUACGCGAGGCAGAAGGUCUGGAGAUCACAGAAGCACCGGCGCCUGUCCAACCAACAGAGACAACGCAGGAAGACGCUGCAAAGACUGCGCCUGUUCGCCCACCUGCUCCUGUUGCGGCAAGGCCACCGGCACCGGCAACGGCACCUGCGCCAGCACCUGUGCCAAAGCCUAAACCCAAGACUACUCUCGAUCUUGACCUUUAUGAUCCCGAUGACGACGACUUUUGAGCAUUUUUAUACGGUGGACCGGCCACGCAUUUGCUUAUUAUGAUACCAAGGAGAGCGGCUACGUCAACCAUUACGGUUGGAAGAGAUGAAUAGCAUAUUUCAUGUUGAAUUUGUGCACUGUAAAAACGAUGUGACGCCACACGAGGCAUUCUUACAUCUUAUGCACCGAGGAUUUGGCGGUCCACCCUCUGAACCUCUUUCCGUACAUGUAGAAGGGAAUCGCACAGAGACACCAGAGCGCCGUCAGGCUCAUGUUCAACAUGAUUGGUU